CACAUCAGCGCACAACCGGAUUAAGGCUGAGGUACCUUAAAAGGUACCUUUUAAGGCUGAGAUUCUGGUGAGGAUAUUCGGAAGCCUUAAAGAAUUUUGCUGCUUUAAAAGAAAGAAGAGAAGAGGAAAGAAAAGAAGAGAAAAGAAAGGAAAAGAGAAGGAAAAGGAGCAGUGAGAGGCCAGAUCCUCCAGGCCUAAGGAAAGAAGCCAGUGAGGAGGAGCAGAGGCGAGGAGGGGGAAGGGGCCUGCUUCCCAGGUCCUGAUCAGCUCUUCCCAGCCUCAGAGAAGCCAUGGAAGCCUGCCACAUCCAGUAUGUCCUGUUCCUCUCUCUGCUGGGCUUCUUCCCCUGCUCAGAUACUCUGACCUGUCAGGAUGGAUCCAUGGUGCACUUGGGCAGAGACCUCAGUAAUACAGCAGUUGAAUGGAGAGAACACAAUACCGUGAUAACUAAGGGUGAAGAGAUGUGUCAGGAGAUACUUCUGCUCAUAGAUGUAGGUAAGAAGUCUCUCAUAUUGGGAAGCAAAGGCACCAGCAUAGCAAGGCAUAGGAAUGUCAGAAACAUCACAGUGUUUGCCCGUGGACCUGGAAUAAAGGCUAUCAUUUUUUACCACGUAUGUGACGUUGAACUGUGCAACAGAGCUAACAGCACUAAAGUCCUAAUUGACUCCCUCCCUUAUGUAGCCCCUUCGCCUCUCUCCUCAGCCCCAGCUGUGAGAGGAAGGAGCCUGUGUCCCGUCUGCUUGCAUUUUAAGGGUUCUUGCAACCUCAAUACCAACCUUGCCUUCUGUCCUAGAGGCACUCGUUGUUAUACUAGUGAAUUGACACUCUAUGGAGGUGGCCUCAGUGCAGUCUUUAGCAUUUCUGGAUGUCUGCUCUAUCCUCAAAAGCUCUUAAUGAAAAAUCAGAGCUCAAUUGGGACAAUCUCCAUAGUAGAAACUCGUAUUUCAUCAAAGGGGAGCAGUUCAUCCUCAUUUGUACUUGUCUGGAACACCCUCCUGGCCUGGAUGUUAGGGCUCAGGGCCCUUCUCAGCCUGUCGUCUACAGAGAUACGUCCUCUCCCGAACCCAUUUCCCGGCCAUUCUUAAUCCCUCUUGGCCACCCAUACCCAGCCCUCCUCUCACUUCAUAAUCCAAAGACCUGACACUGGACACUGUCAGCCUGCGCAUUUUGGUGCCCUCAUCCCUCACCCACACACCUCUGCCUCCUCAUGUUUAGAUAUAGGAGCCACUGAACUCACCUGGCUCCAGAGCAGACAACCACACAUUGACCACACACGUGGAAAAAUAAAGUUGCUGUUGUUUCUACAAA